AUGUCCUCCACCACCCGAGAAUGGAUGAGCUGUAGCAGCAAGACGAUACGCAAAGUAAGCUCGAGUCGCAAAGUAAACUCUAGUCGCAAAGCAAGCUCGAGUCGCAAAGUAAGCUCUAGUCGCAAAGCAAGCUCUACUUUCAAAGCUAGCUCUACUCGCAAAGUAAGCUCUAGUCACAAAGUAAGCUCUAGUCGCAAAGUAAGCUCUAGUCGCAAAGCAAGCUCUAGUCGCAAAGCAAGUUCUAUUCGCAAAGCAAGUUCUAUUCGCAAAGCAAGCUCUACUCGCAAAGUAAACUCUAGUCACAAAGCAAGCUCGAGUCGCAAAGUAAGCUCUAGUCACAAAGCAAGCUCUAGUCGCAAAGCAAGCUCGAGUCGCAAAGUAAGCUCUAGUCGCAAAGCAAGCUCUACUCGCAAAGCAAGCUUGAGUCGCAAAGUAAGCUCUAGUCACAAAGCAAGCUCUAGUCUCAAAGUAAGCUCUAGUUGCAAAGUAAGCUCUAGUUGCAAAGCAAGCUCAAGUCGCAAAGUAAGCUCUAGUCGCAAAGUAAGCUCUAGUAGCAACGCAAGCUCUAGUCGCAAAGUAAGCUCUAGUUGCAAAGUAAGCUCUAGUCACAAAGUAAGCUCUAGUCGCAAAGCAAGCUCUAGUCGCAAAGUAAGUUCUAGUAGCAACGCAAGCUCCAGUCGCAAAGUAAGCUCUAGCAGCAAAGCAAGCUCUAGUCGCAAAGUAAGCGCUAGUCUCAAAGCAAGCUCUAGUCAUAAAGUAAGCUCUAGUCGCAAAGCAAGCUCAAGUCAUAAAGUUAACUCUAGUCGCAAAGUAAGCUCUAGUCGCAAAGCAAGCUCGAGUCGCAAAGUAAGCUCUAGUCACAAAGCAAGCUCGAGUCCUAAAGUAAGCCCUAGUUGCAAAGUAAGCUCUACUUGCAAAGUAAGCUCUAAUCGCAAAGCAAGCUCUACUUGCAAAGUAAGCUGUAGUCACAACGCAAGCUCUAGUUGCAAAGUAGACUCUACUCGCAAAGUAAGUUCUAGGCGUAAAGCAAGCUCGAGUCACAAAGUAAGCUCUAGUCACAAAGCAAGCUCUACUCGCAAAGCAAGCUCGAGUAGUAAAGUAAGCUCUAGUCGCAAAGUAAGCUCUACUCACAAAGUAAGCUCUAGUCGUAAAGCAAGCUCGAGUUGCAAGGCAAGCUCUACUCACAAAGUACACUCUAGUUGCAAAGGAAGCAAGCUCUACUCGAAAAAAACUCUAGUGACAAAGCGAGCUCUAGUCGCAAACAAUCUAUAUUCGUUACCAGUAAGCUCUAGUCGCAAAGUAAGCUCUACUCGCAAAGUAAGCUCUAGUCGUAAAGCAAGCUCGAGUCGCAAAGCAAGCUCUACUAACAAAGUAAGCUCUGGUCGCAAAGUAAGAUCUAGUAGCUAUGUAAGCUCUAGUCGUAAAGCAGGCUCUAGUCGCAAAGCAAGCUCUACUCACAAAUACAAAGUAAGCUCUAGUCGCAAAGUAAGCUCUAGUCGCAAAGUAAGCUCUAAUCGUAAAGCAAGCUCUAGUCGUAAAGCAAGCUCUAGUCAUAAAGCAAGCUCUAGUCGCAAAGUAAGCUCUAGUCGCAAAGCAAGCUCUAGUCGCAAAGCAAGCUCUAGUCGCAAAGCAAGCUCUAGUAAAAUUGGGGACUCCUUACGUAAGCGAGAUAAGUUAUCAGGUUGA